UAGACUUAGUAUCUAAUCAAGAUAAUACAAUUAAGAAAAUGAUUUUUGUUUUUAUCGUUCAGUUAUUUUAAUAUUAACAAGCAUCAAGUUCUUACAGUGCUAUUAAUUGUGAUGUGAGGAUAUGUUAUUUUAGGCAUAAAUAACAUAAUCGUUUAUAUUUUGAAUAUGUUGAAGAAAUUGUGUCAACAAUACCUAAAUUUUUCAGUUGUUAAAAAUAAUUUAAUUAUUAUGAAUUCUUGUGUUAAAUGUGCACCGCUAACAGAACCAAUCCCGUUUUCAAAAGAUUUUUUGUUUCGUCAAAUGUUCGAUCCUACAUCCUGCACAUAUACUUAUCUGUUGGCCGAUAUCAACGAUAAAACAGCGAUUUUAAUUGAUCCGGUCAUUGAAUGGGCAGAACGAGAUAAAACUAUUAUUGAGGAAUUGGGAUUAACAUUAAAAUAUGCUAUAAAUACGCAUAUGCACGCUGAUCAUAUCACCGGAACAGGAAGGCUCAAGUGUUUGUUACCUGGUUGCCAGUCAAUGAUAUCACGUAGCAGCGGCGCUAAGGCUGAUAUACUCUUGAAUCCGGAUGACCAAAUAUGCUUCGGCAGGCAUAAUUUACAGGUGCUUCCUACACCCGGACAUACCGAAGGUUGUGUUACUUAUGUCUGCUACGAACAAGGCAUUGCAUUUACUGGCGAUGCACUUUUAAUACGUGGAUGUGGACGAACAGAUUUCCAGGGUGGAUCAUCAGAGAUUUUGUAUAAAUCAAUUCAUACAAAAAUCUUUACAUUGCCACAAAAUUUUAAGCUAUAUCCAGCCCAUGAUUAUUGUGGCAGAACGGUAACUACAGUGGCUGAGGAGAAGAUUCUUAAUCCGAGAUUAUCUAAAUCACUAAAUGAAUUUGUGAACAUAAUGAAUAAUCUUAAUCUGUCUUAUCCAAAAAUGAUAGAUAAAGCUUUACCGGCUAAUAAAGUUUGCGGAUUAUAUGAAGUUCACGAGGAACAGAAACCAUGAAGAGAUGAACUCUUCUGUGGUAUUUUUAUGUUCAUCGAUCGAUCGAUGUUAAUUCAAUUUUGUUGUUUUAUGUAAAAUAAUAGUUUAUAAUAAAAGGAAUUUAAUUAUAUAAUAAACAUAAAAAAAAAUUU